AUGAGAAGAACAAGUCUGAAUAUAAAAUCAGUUGCUGGUGGUGAUUUUUCUAGCGGUAAUUGUUCGAUUAGUGAACUUGGAGAAAACACAAUGUAUGAUGCAGAGAUGAGAGGCAACCUUCAGAAAGUAUCAUAUAUGCAGAAUUGCGAUGAUCUGACCUCUGAUGAAUUAAAAAUAAAGCGGAUUGAGGAGUGGAUUAGCCAAAUUGAGAUUCCGAGUGGUUUUUCUGUUGAAGAAGUUGGGGAGAGUUCUGAAACUGCUUCUAAGAAGGACUCCCAUGCUGCAGCUGGUGCAUCUCCUGGAAAGCCUGAUGCUAGAAAUAGUGCUGGCAUGGAAGUGGCUAGUGCAUACAUCUCAUCCUUGUCUCCGGCAGCCACUUCAGUGCAGAUAACAAAUCUUGGGUUGGUUUUGGUUCCGAUCCUUAGUUCAUUUGCUGGUUUAAAGGUGCUAAAUUUAUCUGGAAAUGCGAUAGUCAGGAUAAAUGCUGGGGUUCUUCCAAAGAGUCUUCAGAUGCUAAAUCUUUCAAAGAACAAUAUGGCGGUAAUUGAAGGUCUCCGUGAUCUAACUCGUCUUCGCGUACUAGACCUGAGUUUCAACCGAAUUUCUAGAAUUGGUCAUGGUUUGGCCUCUUGUUCCUCUCUAAAGGAGCUUAAUCUAGCUGGUAACAAGAUCAGUGAAGUAGAAGGCCUUCACAGACUCCUCAAGCUGUACUUUCUAGACCUGCGAUUCAACAAGAUCUCAACAUCAAAGGGGCUCGGCCAAUUAGCUGCAAACACAUCCUUGCAAGCCAUUAAUUUGGAAGGCAAUCCGGCUCAGAGAAAUGUGGGUGAUGAACAGCUGAAGAAAUACCUUCUGAGUCUAUUGCCCAGCUUGGUUUACUUCAACAAGCAGACCAUCAGAGCAAGCUCUUCAAAAGAAGUUGCCUCUCUUCAGUUUGAACGAGGCUGAGAACAAGCCACAAGAACACACGAAGAACCCAUGGUUCUGGGCUACACAAGGGUUCAGCUGCAUCUAGCUCAAGUCA